AUGCUAUUCCUGCUUGUUAUUCUUAUGGGUAUCUCAGUUGGUUGCACGUACAACCAACCCCGUUACUCCGUCCGCCCGACCCACGGCCCCUACUCUAUUCCUAAGGACCGUCCACUUGUUUAUCCACUUGAUGUAGCUAAUAUCCCCAUCGACAUAUACCUCUCCACUCCUGUAGCAGACCAGUAUGCUAGACAUGAAAUGGACGUCUUUGACAAAGUUAGAGAAGUCUUCUCCAUUGUUGAGACUGCUCUCAAUUAUGCCCUCACUAAAUGCAGUCCUAAACACUACUACCACCUCCAUCCCGUCUUUGCGCCUCUUGAAAUUGCCAAUUGGCAUUUAGAACAGCACUCCUGUCCCACUUCAACCAUUGAACUAUCCGAGCACUUAUCUGCUCUUUCCAAAGAAGGCCAUGUCCAAAGAUCCUUUAUUCUUAUUACUCCCUGCCGUCUUGAACGUCUUGCCGAUACUUUGUUUGAGUCCGGCCAAAACUCACCCUACUUCUCCCUAGCCCUCCCUGGCAACAAGCAAACUCUAACUCUAAUCGAAGCCGAACCCCAACCCGAGCGCUUAGUCCUUCUGCUUAGUUCAGCUAUUCUCAAAGCCCUCGGCCUAGUCUCAAUCGAACCUCUUCAAACCUUCCCCGUCUACUACCCCAUCCACUAUCCCGGUGAUCUAGCUUAUUCCCUUCAAAUACCACGCGUCACCAUCAAAGAGUUCUUCACCUUGUAUGAAACACAUCCCCAGCAUACUCACGUAAUCCCUCAUACUCACCCACAUUAA